CCAGCGGCGGGGCAAGAAGGUCAGGGCGGAGGGGAGGUGGGAUCCGAGCGGUGCGGAGUGGAGCGCAGCGCCGGGCAGCGGGAACGAGCUCCCGGAGGAACUACUGCGGCCAGACCAGUCCGGGCCGCCCAUCUCCCCUCCGCCGCGCUCUCAGGAGCCGAGAACUACAGCUCCCGGCAUGCCGUGAACUGCACGGCCGAGGCGCCGAGGCGGGGUCCGGCCCUCCUCCGGCCCGCCCCGCUCGCCGCACCGGCCGCAGGCGCUGUCUCCGCCGCGCGCGUAGCUGUAGCCGGGACUCGAGCCAUGGAGGAGGCGUCGCCCUCGCUGCUGGGCUGCAGCAAGCCGCACCUGGAGAAGUUGACCCUGGGCAUCACCCGCAUCCUAGAAUCUUCCCCAGGUGUGACAGAGGUGACCAUCAUAGAAAAGGCACCUGCUGAACGUCAUAUGAUUUCUUCAUGGGAACAAAAAAAUAACUGUAUGAUGCCCGAGGAUCUGAGGAACUUUUACCUGAUGACCAAUGGCUUCCAUAUGACAUGGAGUGUGAAGCUGGAUGCCAGUGAGGACCAGCCAGAGAAACCUCACUUUGACUCUCGCAAUGUGAUAUUUGAGCUGGAUUCAUGCAAUGGGAACGGGAAGGUUUGCCUUGUCUACAAAAGUGGGAAGCCAGCAUCAGCCCAAGACGCUGAGAUCUGGUUCCUGGACAGAGCAUUAUACUGGCAUUUUCUCACAGAUACCUUUACUGCCUAUUAUCGCCUGCUUAUCACCCACUUGGGCCUGCCCCAGUGGCAGUAUGCCUUCACCAGCUAUGGCAUUAGCCCACAGGCCAAGCAAUGGUUCAGCAUGUAUAAACCUAUCACCUACAACACAGACCUGCUCACGGAAGAAACUGACUCCUUUGUGAACAAGCUGGAUCCUAGCAAAGUGUUUAAGAGCAAGAACAAGCCCUUAAUCCCAAAAAAGAAAGGGGCUGCUGUGCAACCUGCAGGUGGCCAGAAAGGGCCAUCGGGUCCUUCCACCUCUAAACCCUCCUCUGGACCUGGAAACCCUGUCCGGAAGUGAGCACCCCCACCACCAGCUCUCCAGCAGCCCCACAGCAAUGAUUUCCAUGCACAGAUGGCCCCAACUUCAGAUUUUGCACGUAACUGUAGGCAUCUUCCCAAGUGACCAGAAUCCCAGCCAUUUUAUUCCCACUAAUGUUAGCCAAGGAUUGGAAGGGCAUCCUGAAUUCUUAUCCCCAAGAGUUCUUCACAGUGGGUUUUGCCAGCCCCUGACUCUAAAAGCUGUGAAUUUCAGAUCUUUAAGGGACCAGUGAAGUCUAUUGAGAGCUUUCCUCAACCUCAAUCCCUUAGCUAAAAAAGGCCUCCAAAGAAAUCCCUGGUUUUGAGCCUUGAAGCAUUAGAACUUCACUGUUCAGUCAGUAGCCACUAGUCACAUGGUCACAUGUGGCUACGAAAACGUAUAUGAAAAAUCCAUACCCUCAGUUGCAUUAACCACAUUUCAAGUAUUCACAUGGCUGCUAGGUUCAGUAAUGGACAGUAGAGAGAUAUGGAACAUUUUCUUUGCAGAAAGUUCUUUGGGACAGCACUGCAGUAGAAUAUUUUUCUACUCAGAUUAGUUCAUUUCUGUUGUUGAUACUUAAAUUUGAUGCUUGCAAUAUUUCAUAAAAACUGUUGAAGAUACAAUUGUAUGUUCUUUAUGAACACAUUUCACUCUGUUCAUUUUCCUUUAGUUUCUUAAAGUUUUUGCUUUCCAUUUUAUGCUGUUUACACAUUUGCCAAAAAAAAUUUUUGGGGGGGUGGGGGAUGUACUCCUAUACUUUAUUCUAAAUUUUUAAAAGCAAAAACUCCCAGGCAUCAUGUUGGAAAACUCUUCAUAGAGUGUUAAUGAAACUAGUUAAUAUUAAGAGCAGCUUUCUAUCUGCUGUAACUUGUCUAGCCCCACCCUGGUUGGUCCCUGGCCAUACUUGAGACGGGAAGUCCUUUAGAAUAUGGUGGAGUUCCAAGAGUUACCUUGCAAGUUUCCUAUAAUUCAGAAAUCAUUUUCCCCUAGACACAUAGGGGUAUUAGACCUCCAGUCAGACCACAUGUGCCUAAGAGUUGACACAACAUAAACCUGGUUUAUGUGUAUACAUACAUCUAGUGGAAUUUCUACAGUGUUGUUCAGGUUUUCAAUUAAGAAUGUUUCCUCACCUUGCAGCCCUGACAUUGGGCACAAGCAAACCUUCACUCUGAUUCCCAACAGGGAAAUUCAGGAGUCACCUACCACACCAAACCCCAGGGUACUUGAGUAGCCAAAGUUUUUGCCCUGAAAUCCCAGAGGUUGGAGAAUGACAAUUCCGAGGCGUGAGGGGCAAUUCUGUACACUGCAGUCCUGACUGGCUUUCUCAUUUUUCCUGACUUUUCUUCUGCAGUGAUUAUCUAGACUCUCUUCCAUUGAGGCCUCAACCUGUUAAUCAGUCUGGGGCUCUUCUCUUCCAUGGCCCACCAGGGAACUAAAAGAAGUCCCCACAAUUGCCCACCUGCACUUCUGUUCUGACACCACUUUGAGUAUUACAAAGUUUUAAAAUUUGUGUUUUGAUUGCUGAUUAUAGUGAUAGACAUGAAAAAGGCUUUCAGUCCCCUAGGGAAGCAAGGUGAAGAGUUGGCUUUCAAGGAUCAUGGCAAGCUCUACCUGGGUGCUUCACCAUUUUUGUAAUGGUUCUAAGUCUUGAAAUACUAGUGUUCAAAAGUCUUUGGAGGGCUAGGGAUAUGGCUCAGUGGUCGAGCACUUGCGUAGCAUGCACAAGGCCCUAGUUCCAUCCCCAACACUGCCUCCCCCAAAAGAAAACAAUGUGUUUGGGAAUAUACACUGAGCUUCAUAUUAACAGCAUACUCAGUUGCUUUAAAUAUGCCAGUACUACAGGCUCUCCUGUUCACUUCUAAUGGAAAAUGUUUAAAAUAGCACCUCUAGCCUUUUCAGAUCCACAGCUAAACAUUUAUAAUGCAGCCUGGUCAUUUAAUUGUUUUUGUGGGGUUUUUUUGUUUUGUUCUGUUUUUUUGUUUUUUUGUUUUUUAACACUGACAUGCCUGUGUCAUAUUUUCCCUAAUUUAAAUGUUUUGCCCCUUUUAAAUUAAUUGUUUAGGUUAUUACAUUUUGAGCAUUUGUAAAUGUGCAACAAUUCAAGGGAGAUCCGACAGCACCAGUUCAGCAUUUGACUGCUUCUCCAAGACAAGUCAAGGUUAGAAGGGAAUUAAGAAGGCAUGUCAUCCUCCAUUGCCACAGAUGUCCUUCCUAUAGUACCUGUGGAGCCCAUUGGAGGACCAGUUGGGUUUUGUCCAGUUCUAGAUUCCAUAAGUGAAGCAACAGAGGAACCAGAAAAGCAAUGGUGACCUUCAAACCAGUGACACGCAAUCGAUGGGAAUCCUCCAGAGACUGUAAAGGAAGGCAGUUAUAAAGAAAGGCUCAAGACCUGCCUCAGAAGGAAGAGUGAUGAAAAAGCAGGGCUGGUUGCAUAGUAUGCAGGACCCAGUACAAAAUGAUGUGGACCUCUUGUUCAAAACUCAAAAACUUCCCUUAAAGUUACUAAAAUGUGCUUUUCCUUUCUUCCAUAGUCUCCACAAGCUUGUUGUGAUCUUUUCUAUUUGCUACUUAAUACUGUUAUAAAGAAAAUUAAAAAUUUUAAAUUAGCAUGCUUUUUAACCGUUUUUAUAUUGUACAUUUUAAUUGCAAAUACAAAAGCAUUUAACUCAUGCAGAAUCACCAGAAUUAUACAAUUUGUAUUUCAUAGCUUAUGUAUACAUACUAUGCAGAUGUAUUUUGUUCUUACCAAAAUAGUGGGAAAAUUGCACAAAACUCAGCAUUUCCCUUGAUAUGUGCACAUUUUAACAUACUCUACUUCUAACUUACUGAUGUGUAAAGAACUGAAAAAAGGAAGUAUGGACUGCUUUCUGUUUUCCUGUUCUUCUGUGUCAUCCUUUUCAGCAUGAGUAGUUAGCUAAUACAGGGAAACAACAUGAGAAAGAGUGGAUUUGGUAGGGUUUUCCUUGGUUAUUCAUGUUUCUUAGAGCACCGUUGCCUGCCAUCUGUGUUUUAGCAAGUCUGGUUCAAAUGGAAAACAUGAUUUGGAGCUCUCAGUGCUCUGUAUUCAGUUACAGACAUACUUACCUUUCACCACUUUCAUUCUGAGGUCUGCCACACUGUGGAUCCUCUGGAAUCCUGUACUCUCAGGGCACAUGGAUGUGUGCAUGAGGCACCAAGGAAUGGUGGACACACGCAUCCCUUGUUGCAUCAGACUUCACUUACGGAACACAAAGUCAAGGAUAAAAUAAAGAGAUUUCAAGUCAAUCACAGAAGAGCAGUAGAACAAAUGUGAGGUCCUUCCGAGUGUGGGUCCUUGUGUCACUGCACAGGUCACCUGCCUGUGAAGCUGCCCUAGUGAAAGAAGAGGGCACUUCUGGCAAAAGACUUGACAACAUGGAGAGUGAAUUUGUUAAAUGGGGAAAACAACCUUGAGAUUUUGGUUUUGAAACUAAAGCAAUUAAAAUGGGAAUGUACUCUAUAAGAAAUCAAUUACCUAGGAAAAAGACACUAUGCUGGAGUUACAAAAUAAAAAUGAAUGGCAGAAUGCCUCAGGAUACAUUAAGUGGCAUGUCAUCAUGCUGCCUUGCAGGGAGGUAAAUAAGCCAUGGAUAUGAAUGAAAAAGGUCAGCUUGUGCAUGACACCCAGUAGAAUCUCUCUCUCCCAGCUAUGCCCUCCAAACUUUUCCAAAUGGGUACCAAUGUCACUGGAGUCAUGUGUAAAAAGUAAGAUUCCCAGAUCCCACUUCACACCUACUAAAUCAAAAUUUCCAGGCAUCAAGAUUUUUAAUCAACUGAUGGCAAUAAUGCUAAGUCUGAAACUUGCUGGGUGGUUUUGCUUGUAUUGCAUGGAGAAUCCAGUAACACGUAUAAAAAUGACUGGAAUAGAAGGGACCAAUGAUCCUUUAUAAGUUGCAUAAUGUAUUGUUUUCUAAAUUUUGUAUUAUAGAGAAUGGCAAACAUUUACAAAGAUAAAUAGUAUAUUAUACCCUAUCUCCAAAAGCCACUUUCAACAAAUCAUGACCAUGUUUUGUGUAUGCCUCUAUUUACUCCUCCAAUUUUAAUUGAUUUUUAAAUAAUUCCAGUUUGUCAGUUUUCAAUCUAUGUUUUAGGUUUUAACAGUUGUUCUAGGGAUUAUAAGUUCCUUUUUCCGUCAAAUUCAGUAGCCAUUCACACAUGGAAUCCCUGGCAGCAUUAUUUGUCAAUAUAACUCGGUCCUUCUCUUACAGUUUGUUGGACCCUGGGUGGGUAACAAUCCACAUUAACUGUGUUUUUCUUUGGGAUCCUGUGAUAAAUUUUUUUUUGGACUAAGCCAACUCUGGCUAGAUUGUUUUUCCAUCUGAGCAUUCUCUUGUUAACAUACAGCCUCCAUUAUGGUGU